CAGGACUGAGGUCAGGUCAGGUCAGGUCAAUUCAAACGAUUUCAGAAAGUGGGAUCUCGGACUCUCUGAGAUUCCAGUACUCGUCCUCCUCGUCCUCCUCCUCGUCGCCAGUACAGUAUGCUCAAGUUGGCGAGUAACUUUCUUUGAAGUCCUUGACGGUUCGCCAUCAUGUGCCACUUUGUUGCGGGCUGUGUACUUUCGGGGUUUUGCCCGCGUCGUUGCGCGAGCUUGUCUUGCACUGCGCGGCGAGUGUACUGUACUUUUGCUCGGUCGCCAGAUCUGAUCGUCGGAUGUCUUCGACUGUCGCCAGGGCGGAGAAAACUUCCGGACGCCAAAAAGCGCAAGAAAGAACCGCCGGAAAGAACACAAGCAGCAGGAUCCUCAGAAAUUCAAUCCAGAGUUUCCGUUCGUCCGUCGCUCGUAGAGGGAAUAAUACGUUUCGCCGGUGUUCAAGAUAGACGAAGGGAACAACAAAAGGUGCUUAAGGGAAUAUGAUGGCCAAUAGUGGCGGGAUAUUAUACCGCAGUAAGCAAGUAAAUGAAACGCGCCAAAACACCUACCAAUGGAGGGCUAAUGAUGGCGAUGAGAUGUGGAAUAAGGGG